GGUGUCAACCACUGACCUAGUUCCCUCGCCUAGUAAAAAUAGCGGUCGACAAUAGCUCAAACACUAUUUAUAGUGCGUAUCUAAAAAAAUCUUAAAUCACACACUGUUAUCUCGGUUGUUUUUUUUUAAACAUCACUCGAAUACCGUCCGUGUGUCAGUCACGUCGUGGUCCGUAACGCGCAACUCACAAAACCUACCUAUACAACAUAAGUGCCACCGUAAUCGAUAAAACCUCGCGUUACAGACAAUCAGUUGUUUUUUCGUGAAUACCAGUGCCCUUUUAGUUGCCGCUAGAGAUUUUAGUUUAGUAAACAAGGGAACAUGUUAUAUUAGUGUUUUAAAGUGUUAGAUACAAUGGAAAGUGUUAAAAGGUACAUAAGGAGUGAGUCUGCGAGUUGCGCUCAUAUGGUUGAAGAAAGCACUGCGAAUAACAGGAAGACGGCUGACCCUCACGAGAAGCUGAAGGCGCUGCUGAACUCUCCCGAAGAUGACACGGACGACACCCUGCCUCCGUCAGACGCCCCCAAGUUCGGGACCGUCAUACACAAUAGAAUCUUCGUGGGAGGGUUCUCUCUGACCACGACUGACGAGGACCUGUGGAAGUUCUUCUCAGGUUUCGCGACCGUCACAGCCGCCAGGGUGAUCUACGACCGUGCUGGUGUCUCCAAGUGUUAUGGUUUCGUCACAUUCGCCAGUCCCAGAGUCGCGAGGCUGAUCGUCAAACAGAGUGGUGGAGUGAUGUUCUCGCCGCUGGGACGACUCCGAGUGGCACAGGCUGUCAGAAAACAGAUGAGCCAGCUCCCGGUGCUGGGCACAGAAGCAGCUCCUCUGCAGGCCCCGCUGUGCUACCAGCUCCUGUGUGCCCCUCCCCUGGCACCACUGCAGCCCUGCGCCCCCUGCGAACUGCCCCCACCGCCAUAUGCCGUCUAUCCCCUGCCAUUUGACACCACGCCAGCGAUCUACGGGCCCCCAGCUCAGUACGCCCUGGUACCAGCUCCGUACAGCACCCCGUGCUGCGAGCCCUCGUGCUGUGCUCCCCUGGACAAGCAGCCCAGGGUACCACCGCCGCCGCUGCACCCCGCAUUCAUCUACUAAACUCACUCACUCACGAAAUAUCUCGAAGACAUUCAAAUUCAAGGUAACCAUUUCAUACUAGAUGUCGGAUAAGUGACAAAAAUGUAUUGUGAAGCUAGCAAUAAUCGAACAGAAGAUAGUUAAAACUAGUAAAACCGAUAGAGUUAAUACGUGUACCAAUGAUGUAACUAGUCAGGUGUAAGUCAGAACAAUAAUGGCAAUAAUUGCGGACAACGAAUGUAAUACAGUUACUUAAGUACUGAGUUUUGUUUGUAGAACUGUACGUGUACAUAGAUGUUAUAGGAUGAAGCGCAGAUAACGACGGAGUACUGAGUGAUCGAAAGAUAAAGCGAGAUAUGAACUCGAAGCAAGAUAACGUGACAAUGAUGCAGCUCCUUACAAAUACAUUUCACCACGUCUGUUUAUUCUAUCUCAUUCCUCUCGUAAAUAAUUCAUGAUUCAAUGUCUUCGAUAUAUUUCUAACACGAUACCAUUCGCGAAGAAGAUUACUUUACUAAUUAUAUUCAGCUUCUUCGUAUGUAUUCCAUCUUGAUUGCUCAAGUCUUCCAAUCCAGUUCAUAGUCAUCUGUCUUCAAUACAUUACUUCCCUAUAAUGAAACUAUUUGUGAGAGAUUGUCUGUGACUACUCAAUGGACAUCAAAGCUGAGAGAAGGCGAUGUAUGUGUUCAAGUUAGCUCUCGGGUUUGUUUAGAUUUGUCUGAAUGUCUGUCUUGUCGCUUUUAUUUAUAGAUUUAAGAUAUUUAGCUUGAAACUGGUAUAUGUAAGAGACCGUGGAUUCGUGUGCUAUCGUUAUUAUUAUAGUGAAUUAUAUCGAUGUAUCAAAUUGAUGUUUAAAUAAAAGUCGUGUGAUGUUCCGUGGAAUUACUUUGACCACAAAUAUUUGCAGUCAUCUGCACGUAUAUAACCAAUUAUCAUAAUGUAUACUUCUAUAUCUAUUUACACAUGAAUAUGAAUUUGUAAUGCGAAAAAUUCCAACACAUUUUCAUUAAUGUUAUUGCUCUAUAGUAAUAUUGAAACACACCCGAGGGAAAUCAAUUUGAUACAUCUUUAGUUGUUCUCAUGAUAAGUGUGAAAAUACCAAAUAAUAUAACUCUAGUGCGGAUAUUUCUACAAAAUAUUUAAAUAAAUCAUAUUUACAGAAUAUAUGUUAGAGCAGUCCACAGUCUCGUUCUAAGUCAUUGUAAUAAUGUUCACGUAAUGUAUGCUAAUGAAAUUAUUCAAAUAUGUACGCCAUACGGUACCUAGUCUCCAUAUAUCCGCACUCGAGUCAAAUAUUUACAAACACAGUUCAAAAAUGUGCGUUACAAGCACAAUGAAUUAAGCACAAAAUCGAAUAGCAGCUAGUUUUAGAUGACGUUACCUCUGAUAAAAGACAGAUUUGUUAUUGCUUGUUAUCCUUGAAAAGGAUUUUUGUUUAUCCUUAGUGUAAGAUUGUUUUGUGAAACCCCACUGUUGGUUGGCGGACGUCUUGAGGUUGGGGAUCGAAGACACGAUUUUGAUAGAAGACAAUUUGUAGAAUAAUCAAUACUUGUAUUUGAGUAAGAAGAUAUUGGUGUAAGAGAGAUAUUAUCGCUUGUAUGAGAUGUAGAUGUGGUGGUAGUUAGACAAUUUAGAGAUCUUUGGCGGUUGGCUGCUUGCCUACUUAACGAGGGACCUAGUUUGAAGAUAAUAAUAGUACUUUUAGAGCCAGAUUUUAGUACCAACCUCAAGACGUCUGACGACAUAUAACUAGAACAGAGAGAAACAAAAAUAUUUUUUAAUAUUAUUUAGUUUUUACAUGUUGCUGUUGAAAUACACUGGGGUCCAAUAUGUGAUAAGGGAAUGUGAAAUUCAAAGUUGAAUGAACAUUUUGGAAAUCACAUUUCUAUACCCGUUAUUGUUGCGUUGGAAAUAAGAAUCGAAUCAGUUUUUAUGAUGCACACAUUAACUUGCUGUAAUGUGACGUGUUUCAGUAAGAUUAAUGAUUUAAAGAUGUAUCAAGAGGAAAAUAUUGUCAAAGUAUUUAUCAAGGACAAAAGAAAGUAUAGAUUUUACUGAAACACGUUAAUGACGCAAUCACGAAUAGUAUUUGUUUUCUAAUUGUUAACAAUGAUUGAACAGCCUCUGUUCGCUUCAAAGUGAUCAACAAUAGACUUAACAAACGGAUCCAUAAAGCAAUAAUGUCGUCAAGAUGUGAUAUGGGAUAAUUUGUUGAAUAGCCGAUAGUUUUAUUUAGAGACAUUAGAAAGUAGAUUGUUUUAAAAUUCUUCAUUUCAUGGCCCGUUGCAUCGUAUUUAACAUUAAUAUUGAAGAAUUUAAAUAGUUAUUGUAUAAGGUCUCUAGUACAUGUGAUAAUUUCCGUGUCCGCGUUCUUCGUCCUGUGGCGUAAGUGUGGCUUAUGUCUAAGCUAGAAUUUCCUCUGAUGCAAUUGGGUUCUCACUUGGUAGCAGACUAUUAAUAGGACCAAACAAUGAUUCCCUUACAUCACAACUAACGCAGAGAUCUUCCCAUCUAUUCUGUCUAGAUUAGUAUACCUAUCACAAAUCUCUAUACGUAAAAUUGUUGUAUUAAUAUUAAUCAUUUUGAUAUUAUAUUCUAUCACUUUUUAUGGCUGCUAGUUGUGUGAUGCUACGGUGAAUGAAUUUGCGUUUAUAUCAAGGUCUUCCUGUUGUUUUUUAUAUCACUGGUUAAGGCAACUUCACUGUUAUUGUUAUUUAUUAAUUUUGUGUUUACUGUCCCAUCUGUAGCUAAUGGUUUUCUGACAUUAAAUUCUAGAACUACUCUAUCAAUAUCUCAAGGGUUGGAGACAUAACUACAUGAUUCAUCCUCUAGUCAAAUCGACAGAUUGUCAACAAGUUGUUAGAAGAUGAAGAGCUUUAUCGAUUCCUUAGUCUAAAUAUAUAUUGUUACUCUAUCAGCAAGUUCAUUCACCCAAGCACGUUCGAUGUGGUCUUCUGCCUUUAGAUAUAAGGCUUUUGUCUCAAUUACUAUUGUACAUCAUAAUUAUACGAUUAGUGUUAUUGAAAAUGCUGUCAAUUUAUCGUCUUGGAUUUUUACAAUGUAUGUAUUUAUUGUUAGUUGUAAGUAUAGUACUUAUGCGAUGCUUCGCUCGAGUAUCAUUUAUGUCUAUAUCUUCGUGUGCGUAUAACUUAAGUUCCUUGGAUUUGUGUUACCUCAGACUAAAGUUUAUAUCUAAUAUAUUAUUGUUAUAUUAUAUUCUAUCUAUGUUGGUUCAUGCGAUGGAAGUUUUAUAAUGAGUUUGGGGAAAAUGAGCCAUGUCUGAUAUUGAAAUGUCGUUAUCGUCCCAAAAUUUAUUUUCUAAUAUUUGAAAGUACGGUUUAAUUUACUUAUUUUAUGACCUCAAAUCAUCAUCAGGUUUAGAAGCAAGGUUACCAUACAUAGAAAAAACUAAAAUGGAAUUAUAAUGCAUGUUUUAGAGGUGGUUUUGCCUGGUAUUGCUUCAUUAAACUGUCAAACACCAAGCGGUCACCGGUGACCGCAACCUAUUGUUCUAUAAUUGUGUCUACAAAACCGGUACUCGACGAGUUAAUAUACUGUGUGUUAGCAAUGGCCAUUGGCUCCAUCAUCAAAUCAUCGCGUGAACCACAUUAGCACUCAUCGUAUACAUUUCGAUGUUGCACUAUCGAUGUUUCGAGUACAAGGAAUCUAUAUCCAAGCUAAACUUAAGGUCUUAUUACUAUCACUUUCAUUGCUUCUAUAGUUUCUCACGUAAAUUCAUAUUGUGUAUUCAAAAAUGCAUUUACUAAAAUUGAAACAUCCAAAAACACAUAAAAAAUAACCUGAACUACGAUUUUGCUAUCCAAAUUAUGAAUGGCAGUACUAUGACGUGGUCAUACAACAAGUCUUUGAUGAUAUAAGUGAGUCUACUUCUUCUACAUAAUUGUAUGUGUUUACGUGAGAAACAUUCUACGGACAUAUAAGUGGCCUAGAUACAUACUGCCUAACAUAUCGGAUAACGAAUCACUACGCUAUAGUUAGUUAUUUUUUUUAUAACUGUAUAUAAUCUCUCGCUAGGUGGUCAUAGUUGUGUGGACGAAUGUAAUGUUAGACAAUAUUAAUGUAAUUAUAGGUUAGGAAGAUUAACGUGUAUUUAUUGAAUUCGUCACUUAUCUUAGGAUUGGCUUAGUAUUGUGAAUUGUUUUUGAUAGGACUGACUCUUGUAUGGAUAGCGAUGUUGGUAAGGAGUUUACAGAUAUAACGGCUAGAAUAAGAGAUGAGGAUAUAUUAAGGAAUGAUUACCAUCAAAUAUUUUUUCUACUGGAAGAUAAGUAGUCUGGUCAUAGGUGAAGGUUUAAUUAAUUUUAUAAGGAAGCAGAAAAAGCGAAAUAGAAGUCAGGUUAGGAAUAAAACUGAAUGAGAAUGAAAACUCUCAGCAAUUUAAAAAAUACAUAAUUUUCGAAAUUAACUCGAUCAUCUAACCGUUUGUCUUCUGCAGUUAUAACGUUACUGCCCUAAAGAAAUAUCUCCUUAUGUCUCCAAUUCUAGUUUUAUAAUCUAAAUUGAACCUUUUUGGAAAAAUACUAGAGUCAGUUCUAUAAAAACAUUAUCUGUCGCCAUGUGAACUGUAGUUAUAAUUAAUUUUAGUGUGAAAGCUAUCAAUAGCAGUAGUGACACUAACUGUUUCACUGUCGGUCACUUUAUCACCAUUCUGAUUGGUAACUGGUUCGAUAUUAACUUUUAUUAUUUUCUAAUUAUCAUCUGAAGCUUCUUUUACUGUAUUACUAUCUUUAUCAGAAACUUCUUCCCUUUUUAUAUUAACAUCCAAUUCCAAUGUGUCUUCUAUAGAUGAAGUAUUUAUUAGGAAUGCUAGUUCUACAGCAUCUAACUAGAAUAUAUUUGAUUCAACGUCUAUUUAAUCUGAUCCUACUGAUGUUCCUUCAACAUUUUCUGUUGUAUAUUCUCCUAUAACAACAUGUUGUGUUAUUUUUUCUCCUAUAACAAGAUCAACCCUUGGCCCUUCCAAACCGUGUCCACUUCAUUGACUCAUGACAUACAGGGACAAAGACAAUACACUUUGUUUUUCGUUGUAGUUAUUUUUUUUUGUAGAAGAUUUUUCAUCACGAUGAUGUGUAUCGUUACGUCCACUUAUCAUUUGCUUUAGCGAGCAGACAGGAUUAGUAUUUAUGCUAAAAUAAGUCUUAAGUUUUGCUCGAUUGCGUGCAUUUUGCUUGAAAAUGGUUUCGCCUUUCGUACCAUUUUUAAUUUGUGUUCUUGUGUUCAAUGAUUCACAUAUUUUCUAAUUAAACUUUGUCUCAUAAAAUGAUUUUCUCCAGUGUCGAUUGCGCGUGUGUUUGUUUGUGUG